AUGUCCGACUACGUCUGUGCUCUUAAGUGCCUUCUGUUCUGUAAAACUAAGCCGUCCCAGGACAGUCUGCGUCGCUUCCGGUGUCUGGAUCGGCCAACGACAUGCGGGCCGGCCAUUAAUAACGGCAAUGGAACCCACCUGGCACCUACUGCUGUGCUUGAUACAAGCGUGGCAGCGCCCUCCAACGUCUCUCAACAAUGCGAGCGCUAUUGGCCCGCUUUUAGCUGCACAUUUGGUGCAAUCAACGUGACAAGUCGGGAUGCUGUCAGCACUGCUCAAUACACCAUUCGAGAGUUCCGCGUAUGCAAGAAUGAUGCACCUGAGGUCAAGCGGAUAAUUCGCCAAUUUCAGCUGGAUUCUUGGAAUAAAAACGGAUUUCCUCUCAUCGGUGCCGUCAUUGAAUUAACCUCGAAGCUAUACGCUUGGAGACAGGGUAGGGAGGGACCCAUUGUGGUUCACUGCUCUGAUGGUUCCGGUCGGACAGGCACCUUCAUAUGCAUAAAUGAGUUGCUUGACGUGAUUCGCAAGGACGAGAUCGGUGCUGCUAUUCCAUUGGCACAAUAUGCGCUGAAAGUGGCUACAUCACGACCGCAGAUGAUUGAUAGUGUGGAGCAGUACUCCUUCAUCUACACCGUUCUUGCCGAAUGGGUUCGAUCUGGUGGAGAGACCAGUAUACCUCUUAGCACCCUUCCGGACGUCCUACAACAGCUUCGACAACCGCCCAGAUUCGGCUACGGCAUUGGACAUUGCGCCUCGAAGUAUGAAGCCGAACUAACACGUCGUCUUCGGCGCUCCCCUUGGUCGACCUCCCGUGGCAGUCAUCUCAACGGUUACCGAGCGAAGAACCAGUACAUCGUUACCCAAUGGCCCCUCGUAUCAACACUCAGCGACUUUUGGUGCCUGGUGGUUGACUUCCAGGUGUCGGCCAUUGCGCUGCUCAAUUCUUACGCGUUUGGUGACCAAAAAUAUCCCAUUUUCUGGCCCACAAUAAAGACAGCGAACCAAUCAACUCGAUUCGGUCCCAUUGGGCUAAAGUUGCGCGAGGUUUAUGAGGAAACCGAAAUAGUGCCCAGUGCUUUCCUACUCUCCAUCAAAAAACGCGGCACGUCGGUCUUUAAUCCGUUUAUGCCAAAUCGUAACGACAAUGUCAGUAGAGAUGUCAUUCUCCUGAAUACAAAGCAGUGGCCGAUGUCUUCAACAGACGAGACAGCCUGUGAUAUUAUUGUGCAAAUGGCCUACCUUGCUUGGGAAUGGAACUCCAUAACCGAUGCCAAUAGCCCUAUUUUGGUUGUUAGCAACGACGGAGUGUCGCGGGUAGGUGUCUUCUGUGCGGCAAGUACCUGCAUGGAGCGUAUUUUGGCUCAAUCAGAGGUGGACGUGUUUCGUGCCGUUGAAGUUGUCAAACAGAACCGUCCCCAACUGGUCAAUGAUUUGGUGGAAUACAAACAGUGCUACAACUGCGCUUUUCGGAUCUCUAUCCUCCUUUCAGCUCGGAUCAAAGCGAACGAGCAAGAGAGAAGUAGAGACCCUAUGGAAAUCUUCGAUGAACUUGAUCGCAAACUUGCCGAAGGUGAAUUUCGACGCGAACUUAUCGACACAGCCGACCAGCCUUCUAAGCAGGAAAGCCGACCUCCUUCAGUAGAAUCUUCUCCAUCGAAAAAAUCUGUAUUCCCACCUCAUUUUCAAUCCUCAUCCUGCUCCUCUCACAUCAUGUCCCCCGACCUCCGUUCCAGUGACUUUCCCAAGCGAAAACUCCCCACUGUCCACUUGGACCAUGCUUCCCGACGUCUUCCUCCCAUAAAUAACCUAAGGGAGCAUCACGUAGCGAUUACUGAAAGGCGGAAGGUACUUCAACCACAGCUCUCCAUUCCCAUUCUUCGCUCGCACCGAAUUCUUCCUGGUAGUGGCGCAGCACGACGAAAACUGCCCACCCUCGACUCUAUCGUCGAGAAUCCCCUGACCCGCGCCAACUGCACUGUCUCUAAUCCAAAUCGGACUAAAAAGGUGCUUCCUAUCAUUAUCAACAGUUGCCCAAAUGAUGGACAUCUUCCAAAUUCCCUUCUAGCGAUUCGAUGCAGCGGUGGUAGAGACGAUGGCGACAAUCUCGUGGCUCCACGACAUCCUCUAAUUAGGACUGAAACUGAGACUACCUACCUAACCUCCUCCCUGGGCGACUCCCACCAAGCUAAUUGA